UUCAAGGAAAACAUCAUGUUAAAUAGAGAUUCUCCACUUAUAACCCAUUGAAAAAAGGGAAAAGACAUUCUUAGGGUUCCAAACAACAUAACAUUUUGUAGAAUUUGGACUCGCUAGUCGUCAAUGGGAUCAAAUUCGCGAAUUAAAGUGACAGUCACAGACUCACAGAGGUGGUGGUAAUGGAGAAGGAGAGAGGGCGCGACAAAGAAAUGGCGGCAUUUCUGAUUAAACAUCACUUGGAACAACUCCGAAGUAUUAUCCUCUCUUCCGAUCCUCGCCUUCACUAUCCUCUCCACGUUGAUUUUGCUGAGUUAAUGGAAGACAAUCCACCAUUGGCACACCUCAUUUUCGAACACCCUAAGGAAUUUCUACCUCUCUUCGAUGAUUCUGCUGUCUGGGCUCAGAAAGUCAUCUUUGAGGAUUUUAAGAGAAUGGAGAAUGCUAGCAUAAAGGCCUAUGUACACGUUCGGAUAAAUUUCUCGGGUUCUCCUCUUGAAUACCCUGAAACUUUUCCAAGUAUUGGACGUGUGAGGGUAAAGCACCGUGGGAUUCUUCUCACUCUCAAGGGCACAGUAAUUAGGACUAGUGCAAUCAAGAUGAUUGAAGGCGAGAAGAUUUAUGAGUGUAGAGUGUGCAAACACAGGGACUUGAAGCUUAGAACUUCCUUGCUUUUGUGCAUUCAUGGCCUCCAACAGUUCAAAGUCUAUCCAGAGGUGGAAACCAGAAAUUCCACAACCCGCCCUACGUUUUGCCCUUCUCAGAAUUGUGAAAGCACACGGUUCCAGAUAAUAGAAGAAAGAAGCAUAUGUCAUGAUUAUCAGGAAAUUAAAAUUCAAGAAAGCACACAAGUUUUAGGUGUUGGAGCUAUCCCUCGCUCAAUUCCUGUUAUUAUGAAGGAUGAUCUUGUUGACAUUGUUAAAGCUGGAGAUGAUGUGAUUGUUACUGGAGUUUUGACAGCUAAAUGGUCCUCAGACAUGAAGGACGUGCGCUGUGAUCUUGAUCCUGUACUGGUUGCUAAUUACGUGAGGAGGAUGAAUGAGUUAAAGUCAGAUGUUGAUAUUCCUAAUGACAUCAUUUUGAAAUUCAAAAACUUCUGGACGGAUUUCAAGGACACCCCAUUGAGAGGAAGAAAUGCCAUUCUUCGAGGUAUCUGCCCACAGAUUUUUGGACUCUUUACAGUCAAGCUUGCAGUUGCGCUAACGCUUAUUGGAGGUGUUCAACAUGUUGAUGCUUCUGGAACAAAGAUCCGAGGGGAGUCUCAUUUGCUUUUGGUGGGAGAUCCUGGCACAGGAAAGUCUCAGUUCCUAAAAUUUUCUGCAAAGUUGAGCAAUAGAUCUGUAAUUACCACUGGGCUAGGGAGCACUAGUGCUGGACUGACUGUCACUGCAGUCAAAGAUGGAGGGGAAUGGAUGUUGGAAGCUGGAGCCCUAGUGUUAGCAGAUGGUGGUCUUUGUUGUAUAGAUGAGUUUGACAGCUGCCUGAGAUGGAUGGGAGGCGGAGAGGGCACAAGCGCCAUAGCAGGAAAUGUUCGAAAGGAGGAGGGUGGUGGCAGCUGCAUGAGGGAACAUGAUAGGGCAACUAUUCAUGAAGCUAUGGAGCAGCAAACCAUAAGUGUGGCCAAGGCUGGUCUUGUAACAACUCUCAGCACAAGAACAAUUGUUUUUGGUGCAACAAAUCCGAAGGGACAGUAUGAUCCAGACCAACCACUAUCUGUCAACACUGCACUCUCUGGACCCUUACUGAGCAGAUUCGAUAUAGUUCUUGUCCUCUUAGAUACAAAGAAUCCACAGUGGGAUGCAGUUGUUUCAUCUCACAUUCUUUAUGAGUCUGAACAGCAGAAAGGAAAUCAGGAUGAAAGUUUAUCUGACAUAUGGUCUCUUACCAUGCUUCGGAGGUAUAUUCAUUUCGUGAAAGGAUAUUUCAGACCCGUCCUUACAAAGGAGGCUGAAAAGGUCAUAUCAAGCUAUUAUCAACUCCAAAGACGGUCUGCGACUCAAAAUGCAGCCAGGACAACUGUCCGGAUGCUGGAAAGUUUGAUUCGCCUUGCUCAAGCACAUGCAAGGCUGAUGUUCAGAAAUGAAGUCACUCGGUUGGAUGCAAUCACUGCUAUAUUAUGUAUUGAGUCAUCCAUGACUACCUCAGCAAUUGUGGACAGUGUUGGGAAUGCACUGCAUUCCAAUUUUAUGGACAACCCUGAUCAAGAAUAUGCCAAGCAAGAAAGGCUCAUCCUUCAGAAACUGAGUUGCAUCGAUGAUUUUCCUGAGAUAGAUACUGCUGAAGGGUGACAUGCUGCCUGGAUCUGGUUUGCUAUUUGUGCUAAAAAGGUAAUAAGAUCUCGUUUCCCAUCUAUACACCUCUUCCCAUAUACAAAUGAUUCAUUGGUUCCACAUUUUAUUUAUCAUGGUUAGUUUAUGAAAUUCAAAUUAUUGGUCUGCAUGUGUUCUUCCAAACUGUCCAUCUUUGAUUUCUAAAUUAGGGAUAUUAAAUUUACGAACUUCAGAGGUUUUUUGGUUUGCACACUUUUUUCUUCCUGAACACAAAUACUUGAUGUUUCAAUUUUUCUGAUUUUGCAUACAAUUUAAAUUUCCCCAAAUCAAAGCUGAGCUGACAGUUGAAAAUUCCAACAUCGCCAAAUCGGCCAUGAGAAAAAACAUACUUUCUCGACGAUAAUCUUGAAAUUUGCCCCUCAAUUUGGUCAUGAAUAAUUUCUUGAACUCAUCGUGAAUUCCCUUCAAUCUGCCUUAGUUCCUCUCAGUCGAAUAAUUUAUGGAUUUAAAACUCAUAUUAAGUUAUAAACGACAUUUUGGUGUGUUGCAAUAUUGUGUCGUGUUUUCCUUUGCCGAUUUGGCCACGUUGAAAUUUCAGAGUACCAACCCAAUUUCGAUCGGGGAAAAUUCAAAAUCGUGUACAAAAUCAGAAAAAUUGAACGGUUGAGUAUUUUUUUAUUGAAAAUAAAAGAUCGUAUGCAAUUAUAGAAAACCUACAAAGUUUGUGUAUUUAUAAAAAAAAUAGCCCUCGCAGUUAACACAUACUUCGUAGAAUCCACAAAGCUGUGCAUGUCUGUUUCAAGAAAACUUGUGAUAGUCCAUCUGUUCAAUUGUAAAAUUUCGGAGAGGGAGAAGGAGAGCAGAAAGUUCGAAGGUUAAGCAUGGUUGGGAUUAAUGUGGCUAAUUCGAGAGGCAUCAUUGUAUAGCAUAAUAUUCAGCUCGUGAUUGGCAUUGAAAGAUCCGGUGAUCCAUGCUCUCUGAAAUGUAUGCUGAGGUUUGGCUCUCUAGUUCUUAUAUAUUUAAAUGAUGGGUAAAUUUAUAUACAUAUUAUAAUUUUUACUUUGUACUCACCAACAUCUAUACAAUGUAUUGUCAUUUCCAAAUUGGCUAUUUUGAACUUUGACCCUAUAAUGGUUUAAGUCGAAUUUUAAAAUAUUAUAAA